CACACAUGGUCCAGUGCAUAAAGGGAGUCUGGCUUGAAGCUUAUACUUGAAAAGCAUCCAUCACAGUCCAUCCAUUCACAUCUGCUCACUGAUGCGACAAGGACUCAUAGUAAGGCGAACAGGGUGAACAGGACAUGAGCAGCUCACUUUGUCCCUGCGGCAGGGUGGAGAGACCAACUAAGCGACUGACCAACACUCUAUCGGAGUCAUCACUUUACCAAGAUUUCAGAGUCCACCAUGGGAGACUGGAGCUUCUUAGGUAAUAUUUUAGAAGAAGUCAAUCAACAUUCAACUGUUAUUGGCCGAAUUUGGCUUACUGUGCUCUGCAUCUUCCGCAUUCUCAUUUUGGGCACGGCGGCGGAGUUUGUUUGGGGAGACGAACAGUCCGAUUAUGUGUGUAACACAAAGCAGCCGGGAUGUGAGAAUGUAUGUUAUGAUGAGGCAUUCCCUAUUUCUCAUAUCCGCCUGUGGGUACUGCAGAUCAUUUUUGUGUCCACACCUUCAUUGGUUUACAUUGGUCAUGCAGUCCACCAUGUCCACAUGGAGGAAAAACGCAAAGAGCGUGAAAACAUGGAGAUUCGUCCUCAGCAAGAAAUGAACAGCAAACUGCUUUCUCCUACGGAAGAACAAGGAAGCAUACGAAUGACCAAGGACACUAUCACUGAUGGGAGUAAAAAGUUUCGUCUUGAAGGUACUCUACUUUGCACAUAUGUCUGCCAUAUCAUCUUCAAAACGCUAUUCGAGGUGGGAUUUAUAGUGGGGCAGUACUUCUUGUACGGCUUCCACAUUCUUCCACUGUAUAAGUGUAGUCGCUGGCCCUGCCCUAAUACGGUGGACUGUUUUGUCUCACGGCCAACUGAGAAAACCAUCUUCAUCAUCUUUAUGCUAGCUGUUGCUUGUAUCUCACUCCUCCUGAACUUUGUAGAGAUUAUUCAUCUAUGUUUGAAAAGAAAUCAAUUUGUAUUCUACCAAAAAGCUCCAUCCCAGGUUGAGACCCUUCUCUUGACUGAGAGAAGUUUGCCCUUAAUCCUUAGUCCUCCAUUUUAUAAGCAAAAAGGCUACAGGCCACUUGAGGAGGAUGGAAAGGAAGGAGAGGUUGCACACAUCUACCCGCUAGUUGAAGCAAGUGUAGAAGAAGACCAGCUUUCAUCUCUACCUCAGGUGGUGGAGCAGAAAAGAACAAAUGAGGCAAUUGUACCAACAGCGCCCCCUGUGGAAAGACAAGAGGUUUAUAAUGAGAAAAUUUCAGCCUUUACAGAGGUCACCAAAACUUUCAUUAAGGAACCCAAGGCGGAUGAGAUACGUAGAGAAAAGGAUGAGGUGGACAGUUCAAUACUUGUGAUUACUUUGGAAGAGGUACUCGGAAAGCAAUCUGAGGAAAAUUGGAUUGUUCCAAUUGGUGAUGAGGAACAAGGGCAUGUACAGCAAUCGACAGGAGAAAUAGUCAGAAAAGACACAGUAAUAGAUAAACAAUCAGAGAUUGAAUCCGAGCAUGGAGGAUCAGAAAUUGUAGAGGUUCUAGAAGAUGUUAAAGAUGUUGAAGAAGAUUCAGAAAAUUCUGAGAGAUUGGCAGAAGCACCAGCAAAUAAUGAGGAGGUUGUAGAUGUACUAGAAAAUGCUGAGGAGGUUUUAGAAGUGCCAGAAAAUAUUGAGGAGGUUGUAGAUGUAGCUGACAAUAUUGAGGAUGUUGUAGACAUAUUAGAAGAUAUUGAAGCAGUUGUAGAAGUACCAGUGAAUGUUGAAUAUGUUUUAGAGGUGGGAGAACAUAUUGAGGAGGUUGUAGAUGUGCCAAAAGAUACAGAGGAAAGUGUAGACGCAGCAGAAGAUACUGACGUGUUUGCAGAAGUUCCAGAAAAUAUUAAGGAGGUCGUAGACAUACCAGAAGAAAUUGGAUCAGGUUUAGAAGUACCAUUAAAUGUUAAAGAGGUUUUAGAAGUGGGAGAAAAUAUUGAGGAGGUUGUAGAUGUGCCAAAAGACAUUGAGGAGACUGUAGAAGCACCAGUAGAUGUUCAAGAGUGUGCAGAAGUUCCAGAAAAUAUUGAGGAUAUUGUAGAAGCACCAGAAAAUGCUGAUAAGGUGGUAGAGGUUGCACAAAAUGUUAAAAAGGUUUUAGAAGUAACAGCAGGUAUUGUAGAAGUAAGAGAAAAUGUUGAUGUGGUUGUAGAAGUACCAGAAAAUCAUGAACAUGUUGAAGAUGUUCAGGACAAUGUUGCAGGGCAUGUGGAAUAUUCAGCAGAGUACCCAGUUAGUAAAGAACUGACGACUGAAACAGUGGGGCUUACAGUGAAAGCUAGAAGCUUCUCCUUAGAAGAAGAGGAAGCUGUAGACCCCUUGUGGCAGAAGAAGAAACUUUCAGAAGUGAGUAAAUCUGAAGGGGAGGAGACUAUAUCUAGGGAAACCGCCAUUUCAGAUGUAUUAGAUGGUGCAGAAGAGGCACUCAAUUCAGAGGUAAUUGCAAAAGGACCUGUAAUCGUAAAUUCAUCUAAAGUGGGGUCAGAAGAGGAUAUCAUCAGUACACAGAAAGUAGUGGCUUUUGCUGAUGCAGUGGACCCAGAGAAGUUAUUCAGCAAAUUGGGCAAUCUAGAGGAGGUCAAGAAUACUGGAGGAGCCCAAAAUAGCCGAGGGGAAACCAGAAAUCAUGAAACGGUGGAAAAUUUAGAAAUGGAAGUAAGGUUACCAGAGAUGCAGAAACCUGAAGAUAUGAGUUCAGUCCCUCUCUUACCUCUAGAGAUAGCAGCAACACAAUCAGUCGAAGAUACAAGACCACUAAGCCGUCUUAGAAAUGCAUGCAGCAGAGCAAGACCAAUUUGCGCCUUGACACAGCGCUUUGUUGAUGAGCACAAUGGCCAGAUCAAAAUGUUUCAUCAUCAGAUAAAGGCAAUCUGUCAGAAAAACAUUUUACAGCUUUGUAGUGAAUCUUCCCUCAAAGGGGACAAGUGGACAUGAACCAUGUCAAAUUCAGAGGCUUACCAGAGACCACAGUUCUUCCUUUAAUUUGUCACCUAUCUGUACUGUAUGUAAAAAUGUGUAAAGGUCUGCGCAUCACUUUAAAUAACUUAUAUAAUAUAUGCACUGUAUUUAUAUAUACCAUCACUGUUAUAUUCUCGAAGAUCAGCCAACAUGAUACAUAUAGCUCAUUGCUCAUUUUCUAACCAUUUGUUUGUUGUUGAAAUAUACUCACUCAAUUUGUUUUGUUAAGCCAGAAGUCAUGCUGUCAUUGCAUGUAUUUAGCAAAUCCCCCUUUGUGUUCAUAAAAAACGCUGCUGCCAGUUCAGCACUCAGGACUGCAGCUCUGCAGAAAUUUUAAACCCACUUUGAUCACUAAAGACACUUAUUGUCUACAAGGUAAACAUAGUCCUUUGAUGUACAGUAAGUGCAUACAGAUAGAAUUAUUUUCAAGGCAGUACUUGAGCACAAUGCCAAUUGGAUUCCAGUUUGAAAGCGAUGCUGCCAGCAAAUUAAAGAUGAAUAAUGUGUGUGGCAAAUGAA